UGCAGUAAGGUUGUAGUGCAAUGUCUGAAGUAUUAUAUUUGUUAUGUAUGCAGGUUUAUUCGUAAAGUGUGUUUCUUGAUUAUUACAUAUACAUAAUAUGAUAAAAUGAUUGCAGAUAGCUAUCAGCAGUGGUCAUGCAUAGAAUGUGUAAUAAAAAAGCAGGAAUAUGAAGAUAAUCUCAGUAAGCUGGAGAAGAGGUUUCAGGUAUACAAAGAGAAGCUGAUUCUUACGCAUGAGCUGAUAAAGAAAUUUAAUACAAAAUGUAAAGAAAACGAAACUCUACAAAAACAGCUGAAGCAGUUAAGUGCUUUACUGAAGGAGUACCAGAGCAAACUGACAAACACUAUGACAAAGCAGAUGCCUUUGGAGGAGGAGCUGGAAAAAUUGAAGAAAAUAAAGGUUGCCUUAGAGGAGAAGCUUGAGUCAGAGGCCAAUCAGUAUGCAGCUACUGAGAAGCACAACAUCCAGCUGAAUAGUCUUGCGCAGCAGUUGAAAGAUAAAGUCUCCAAAUAUGAAGCAGAAAUUGAAUUGCGAAAAGAAACAGCCUCAAAUUUAACCCAGUCACUGAAGGAGGCAAAAAGUGAGAAGUUGUCUGUGGAGAAGAAAAGACUGAAGACAUUACAGAAUGUUGUCUCAUUUGCAGAUUUUGUCCAGAAAGAAGGGAGACUUGCACCUACACACAAGAAAAUGCUGGCACGUUGGCGCCUGGAACUUACACAUCUUGUAAAUGGCAAAGGUGACUUUUCAGAAGAUGAAGAAAUUUUCUCACCAGAAACGGCCAGUAGCUGUUCGUCCAGAGAUACCGGCAUGGGUUCAGUCUCAGAGCUGUUAUCUGAUGAUGAUCAGAACCCAGUUACAUCUGUGAAUCUGGAAUCAGUCACCAGCUGUGUCAAGGAGCAAAGUGGUGCAAUUUUGUCAGAUGUGGUGUGCAAACCUCUAACCUCAGAUUGCACAAAGAAAGUGCGUCAUAGGAAGAGCCACAAACUGUCUCCAGGCAUUGUGGUUCCUCUCACCUUGGGUUCAGAUAAAGAGGUCAUGCUUGGAAGCAAUGGGAUUCAGGUACAUGACUCUCCAAAAGUAGUGCCAGUGCUCAGAACAGAACUGGCCAAAAGGAACUCUUGUGAUAAUGCCUUAGCUUCUCUGGGUGUAACUUCUGUUCGAGAGGUUCAGGCCAAGAAGAGGAGUGAAGUGGAUCAUAUGGAUUCUAGUGAUGGGAACAUGAUAGUAGGCCCCACACUGGUAGCAGAUGCAGUAUCUGGAAUGAAGAGUGUGAGUCUUCCAUCACUGUUUGAUCCUGAUGUUCCAUUAACUCUGAGCAGACCUGAGUUUAAGGAAGCAGGAACUACCAAUGGAGCAGUGACUAAUUUCAGUGGUGGUAGUGGUGGUUUAGUGUCUGUUGUGGAUAACUCUGAUUGCAAAUCAACAUUUUCAAAAGCGGAGUCUCCUGUAGAUACAGUUUUUUAUAUUCAGAAUAUUAUGGAAGAAAUGAGAAGUGUUCCAAAUCUGCUGUCACCAUUGAAUCCAGGACCAGAGACAGUCAGGAUCCAUUGUCAGAGUGAGUCAUCAAUAGAAAGUAUCAAGGAAGCAGGGAUGCAUGAUGCUUCCACUCAGAUGUGCGUUGAAAUGUUGGAUGCUGCUGCUGGAGUGGAUACAAUUGCUGAACCUUCCUGCCAUGUAGCUGUUCAAACAUGUGGUGAUAUUGCCUACAGAAUUGCCUGUCAAACCAGCAUCAACACUUGUGAUGCUUGUGCUGUAACGACAGAUGAUAUAACCAUUCUGCACACUGCUAACAAUGUCUCUCAUCCAGAGGGCAAAUUUAGUAACUUUAAAUUACCAGAAAGCAAAACAACUUGCAGUAUAGAUAAAAAGGAAACUGCUGAAACCAUCUUCUCUAGGAAAGUUAACACUGAGGCUGAAAUUCAAACACAGUGUGUAACUGAUUUUCCAUUAGCAAGUAUUGGGAAAGUAAAGAUGCUCGAUGCUUCCACUUCAGCAUGUGUUGAAAUGCUGGAUGCUGCUGUUGGAGUGGAUACAGUUGCUGAACCUUCAUGCCAUGUAUCUGUUCAAACAAGUGGUGUUACUACCUAUGGAAUUGCCUGUCAAACUAACAUUGCUGAUUAUGACACUUGUGAUGUACAAAUGGAUGAUGUAACCAUACCUCACACUGCCAACUGUAUCUCUCCUCUAGAGGACAGAUUGAGUAAUUGUAAAUUACUGGAAGAAAAAACAAAUUGCAAUGUAGGCAAAAAGCAAAGUGUUGAAACCAAACUCUGCAGGAAAGUUGAUGCUGAGGCUGGAAUUCAAAUGCAGUGUUUUUCUGACAAUAGUAUUCUGAGUAAUGAUAAAUUAAAAUUGUAUGGGUCCUUGUUAAAAGGCGCAGAGAAAGAAAGGUUUUUCAGCCUUACCUUAAAACAGAACUCUGUGGAAAGUAAAUCAAAGAAUCAAAGCACUAUGAUUCGUUGUGAUUAUAAAAAACCAGAGAAGUGCUUGAGAGAGGAAGUAAAAAAAUGGCAGAGUCUGGUAGCUUGGUUGUGUUCAAACAGAAGUGAUGGCGGUCCUGAUGAGAAUUUCCCUUGUAAAUCUGAUGAUUCUCCUAUUGCUGCACCGACAGCACAGUCCAGCACCAACAAACUGCUGACACAUCAGAGAAUACCACUUGCUAACAAACGGCUGACACAGCAUAGCACACCAGCUGCUGACAAACCCUUAACACAGCGGAUCAUACCAGCACCUUCUGGUUUGUUUGCAGUGGAAGAUGAUCCAUGUUCAUCAGGUUAUUGUAAAAAAUUUCAUUCUGAUGAAUGGCUGAUGCCAGUGGUACCUGACUUUCAGCACCAUUACAUGCAUGUGGAUCCUCUUCAAUUUCAACCAAACCGUAUGAAUUGCAAGCUGGCCAUGCCAUCCAUGGCUGAGCUUUCAAAGAGCUGUUGCUACAAAAAUGCUGUUAUUGGUGCUAUUCCAAACAUAAAUCACCAUUGUGUCUCACACACUGCCCAUACAUGUCAGGAAGUGAGAAAUUGCUGUUGCUGUUUGUGUGUUAACACAAACCACAGUAAUCAUAAACCACAUGAAAGAGAAGAAGUAAUGCAGAUAUCUUGCAUAAGAUCAACUUCAGACAAGAAAUCUGAUAAGCAGACCCGGAACAGAAUUAUGGACACUGAGGAUUCUCAUGAUGGUUCGGUGAUAGGAGACAGCCACAAGAUGCCUUCCAGAAAAAUGUUCCAUAAGCGGCAGAGAAUUGAGUCCACAUCCAGUAUGGAAACAGGUAGUGAAACUGAGAACAUGGGUUCAAGGAGAAGGGGAAUUUAUGCAGAAAAGCAGGAUAUCUCUGUAGAUGCAGGACCAGGAAGGAAAAUGGCAGUGAAACGAUUAUGGAAAAGAAGAAAAGUUGCUCAGAUUAAUGGCAGGUAUUGUCAGAUUAGUAUGGAUGAGGAAAGAAAAUACAGGACUGCAAGGUCAAGAAAGAGAAGUAGAUACCUGAAAGAAAAUCACUUACAGCCAGAUAAUCAACAGCACAACAGUAUAUUUUCUAGGGUCCAGAGAAGAAAAAAUAAACAUGACCACAAGAAAGGUCUUAGAAAAUGUGUAUCAGAAAAAAUGCUACACAAGAAGUUUCCAGUGCCCAAACUGAAACACAGGUCAAAAAAUGUGGUGUGUGGACAGUUGAAUGAGCAUACUGAUGAAAGUGGUACGUCUGCCUUUGAAGCAUGCCGUAAAUUUGACAUUGAUCAGCCAGAUGCAAUUGACUCAAUGAAAAAUUUUGAAGCUGUAUCCUGCAGCACAGAGAUACCAACUAUUUUGCAGAUUAAUGUUCAACAGAAGACAGAGGCUGGAACAGAGGAAGAUACGCAUAAACAUUUAUCAUGCACAGAAUUGUUUGGCAGUGUAUCAGAUAUCAGCUUGGAUGAGGAGCAGCAGAGUGUCAGAACAGCAGAGCUGCAGACUGUUCAUCCAGGGAAGGUGUCUGGCAGUUCAGCAAACAGACGCAAGAGAAGGGCUCCCAGUACGUCUGCUAGUCAGGUUGAAAGCAGUAGUAUGGAUUGUGCAAGUUUUGAAACACUAAAGUCUAAGAGAGCAAAAACAUAUUUUAUAAGCGAGAAAAAUAAUGACUCAAUGACCAGCAAGAAUUCUGAAACAGUAUCAAACAUAUUGUUGCAUUCUGUAUCAGAAUCAAAUUCUAAGAAACAUAUUACGAGAACUUGUGAAGUUCCCACAAGAAUCUCCAUGUCAUCUGGAGAGCAGACACAUUCAAAUCAAGAAAAUAAAAUGUCUGCAGUAAAUGAAAGCUGUGUGAUGCCAGAACAUCAAGUAAGUGCCCAUAAAACAGGACAAUCAGCAGGCAAAUCUAAUGCUUCCCGAGAUGCUGGUCCACGAGGAAAACUAAGCAAGUUGGAAAAGUUGAGGAGAAAAAUCACCAGAGCUAAAAUGCCAUCAAAGAUAGCAACUCAGUUACCAGUAAAAACUGUAAAAUGCAGAAAGACUCUUACACCAAGGUCUAAAGUCAAUUGUGUGGGUUCAGAGUCCAACAGACCAGGAAUAAAGAGCCUCUCGGAAAAGACGGGGGAAGAUGAAACAUCAAAUUCAAUUUCCAAUGUUAGUAACUUAUCCUACAGACCAUCACAUCAAAGCAUACCACCGCUGCUUCUGGACAAUAAACCAUCUGCAAAGCAUGACACCACAACACAUAAUGACGUGAAUUUGUUUGUAAAUCAUAAAAAUUGUGAUAACUCUGUUGUUGAUCACCCCGUUACUUGCAACUCAGUAACUGGUCAAAUAUGUUCCAGUACUAAUGUAGCCAAAGAACCAGAUACAAGAAAAGAAAUACACACUGAAACUAAUCAUGCAGUAGAUAUGUCAAAGAGCUUUGCAUCAAAAAAUGCUGUUCCUAAUGCAGAAAUUCCAGGCUGCUUUCAGGAUAGAAUUACUCUGAGCAGUUAUGUUACAGAAACUGUAAGUCCUGUAUCUAUAUCAGAAAUCCAAACAAAUUCAUAUUUAACAGAUGAGGCUCCUAAAACUGUCAAAGUAUUAGAACUUCCAAUCAAUUAUAAAGACAUUGUUCCUGAUGCAGAAAUUCCAGGCUGCUUUGAGGACAUAAUUACUCUGAGCAGUUAUGUUACAGAAACUGUAAGUCCUGUAUCUAUAUCAGAAAUCCAAACAAAUUCAUAUUUAACAGAUGAGGCUCCUAAAACUGUCAAAGUAUUAGAACUUCCAAUCAGUUAUAAACAAAAUAUGCCUGAAGCAAGUCAAAUUUCUGAAACUGUGGGACUUGUCACUGUACCACACAUAUACAGUGAAACAAGCAGCAGACUAGAAACUGUGUCAGAAGUUUGUUCACAGAAUAUGUCUUCUGAGACAUGUCACGCAGGAAUGAAUGCUAGGGACGUUGAAUCACCUGCCACAGUGUCUAAAAUACGUGAAUUAGAGGAUAUAAUAUGUCCUAAGUUUUAUCAGGAAUCAGUGCCCUGUCCAGUUUCACCCAUUGAAGACCCUGAGAUGUGUGAACCUCAGCUGAACUCAAAAGUCAUUGAAUCAUCAGUGCCCUGUCCAGUUUCACCCAUCGAAGACCCUGAGAUGGGUGAGCCUCAGCUGAACUCAAAAGUCAUUGAAUCAUUGGUAAGCACGCAGGAUACAAUACAGAUUGCUGAGCUGCCAGUCACUGAAUUGAGCGUUGACUCACCAGGGAAGCUGACAGGAAGUUUGAUGCACAAGCAAACUGGCAAUCAUAUAACUGUGAUGAAAACUACAAUAACUAAAAACACAGAUGAGAAACUGUUUGCAGGCUGUGUACUCCAAUGGGUUCUGAAGGAUUAUGAAGUUAAGUAUAAAAAGAAUCAUCCAAAGAAAUCCAAAACAAUGAUGGUUCAGCUUAAGGAUAAAGAAGACAAGAUGGCUAAUGAAAUGAAGCAACAAGAGAAAGUAGUAUCACAAAAAGAGCUAAAACGACUGUUAUCAUCACGCUUCACUAAUGAAAAGCUUCAUGAGGUUCUACAGAAAUUUAGCUGCUUCAACUCUCAGUCUGCAUCAGUGGUUGUAGCAAAAUGUGAAAAUAUGUAUGAAGGCCAUCCAAUGAUUAACGGGAUCUAUCAGACACAACCAUCAAAGACUGGACUCACUCUUUUCUGUCUUUCAGUAUGGCUCAUAGUAAAGUUUGUGGGUGAUGAUAUUAAGGCCCAGUUGGAUUACUCAAACAAACGCAACAUCCCUCCACUGACGCCAACACAGCAAUGCCUGGUGACAUUGGCGUUCACAUUGCAGUCACAACACCAACAGUACAAGGAUUUAUUGGAAACCAUCUUGUUGGGCAUAGAAUAUCAGCUGUUUAGGCUUGGACAUGCACCAGAUAUUGUGCGGGCAUGUUCACUGGCCAGAUUCUAUGCAGCAGUGUGCCUGGUACAGAGAGACAGACGGCGUGUACUCACAUUUUGCUAUGAUGCCAUGUACUGCCUUAACUUCAAGGCAUUCCCUCUGCUGUUCACUGUAUACACUACAUAUCCAGAUGCUCUGCCACAUGCUUGUGUGGGAAAAGACAUUUUGUUGAUAAUGACGAUGAGCUCUCUCACUCUAAUGCAAAGGACAGAACAGAACCUGUCAGACUACAAAAUUGAAGCUCUCAAAAACCUUCUGCAGACACGCUAUGGUUAUCGUCAGUGGGCACUGACAACUGAACAGCUGAUACAGCUGCUGAUGGACCAGUUAAGGAAUUCAGAUGGUCAUGUGGAAGGGCUGGAGGCAUCACUUAUUCUUCUGGCAAAACGCAUUGGCUGGGAAACGAGUUACAGGCAGCUGCUGUGUCAUAACCUCAUACCUUUGGUAGAUGAGUGGAGAGCCCAUGCAGUGAGUGAUCUCACUAUCAGAGAAGUGAUCAUCGUGAUGGGUUACAUUACAAGAUGCUUCCCAGUUGUAGAGGCCAAAGCAUGUGUACAGGCAAUAUUGAAUCUCUUGGGCACAAUAUUGCUUGAACAAAAUGUAUCAAUGGAAGUGCAGGAAGCAGCUGCCUCCAGCCUGCUCCGAUUGUCACGACACAACUUCUUUUAUGUCAGUAGUGUGUUGGUGAAGUGGAUACCUAGCAGUAGCAGUAUAUCAGACAGUCUUCUGACAGAAAUGCUGACCUUUUUUGAGUUGAGAAACCCCAAGUGGUGGCAAACCUUCCUGAAGAGAAAUCAGGUUUACGUUUAACAGUGAAUGCAAGUAGUGUUGCAGUAUCAAAAAUUAGAUUAUCUGUUGUAAUUUGUUUAAUGGAAGAAGCUUGUUUCAGAUUUUCCUUGUUUCAAGAGUGUACUUGAAUUUGGGGCUGUAAUAAAAUCUAGAAUAAAUGUAAAAGUUUGGUAUUUUUGGAAAAUUUUAGAAAAAGUCAAAUUGUAAUUGUUUGCCAGUAUUUACUACUUUUCAUCCGUCAUACCAAUUAGCUCUUAACCCAAUGUAAAAAAAUCAGAAUAUAAAUACUUGAUCUAUUCAGUAAACUGAAACUUUAUUGAAAUUAAUGGAAAUUAAUAAAUGUAUAACACAGAGUACCAGUAUCCUGAUGCAAAAAUAUAGGUUUACUUGUCUCUCCUGCUGAUUUCAAAGUGUUGAAAAACAGCAGGAGCUCAAGCAUAUCUUUCUUGUUUAGCUCUGAAGGAGGUUGGUACUGCAGAUAUGGAGAAGGCACUCCAACCAUGGCUAGAUUUGAUGUCCAGUAUGCUGAAAUGGGUGAUGUCACUGUGACCCUACUUGUUGAAAGAAUGUUGUAAUGAGCACAUUUUUACCACCUGAAUAAAAUUAAUAUUCAGUUAGUUUACUUCACUCUUGGGCUUGCUUUAAUUUGUCACAUAUUUUCCUAGUGAUUCAUUUGAAUGGAUGUCAGUCCACUCAAUUGUAUGCUAUAUGAAGGGCUUAUUCUUUCAUAAUAAUUUUAUACCAUUGCUCAGAAAUGGGAAAGCAGUUGUAAAAAUCAUUUUUAUUUUAUACAUAUAUGUAGUAAUAUUCAAAUAAAAGGAACUUGUCAUUGAUAGUCAUGACAGAUGAUUUUGUAUUUUGAAUGAUUUUCCAGCUGAUUAAAGCACUCUAUUUUGUCCAUUGCAGAUGUUGCAGUAUACAGUUAUGUGUGUUGUGCAAGAACAUGUUAACAUGUUCUUCAAAAUUGUAGCCAUUUACUGUGAACUUCUUAAACCCUCUGUUUCAUCCCAAGUGUAGAUUAGGAUUUCACCAUUACUCAUGCGGUGGCACUCAGUAUUGUAGAUUUACACAUUUCUGCUUACUGAAAGCUACUGACUGUUCAUUUUAGAAACAAGAAGACCUUUUAAAGACCAAAUACUGUUAUGGGAUUGUCGUGUGUAGCUGUUUCUAUAAAUUUUCUUUCAAGGUGUCUCUUGCCAUUUCUGCCUUUCUGCAGUACAGUUCACCUCCAGUAACUAGCUGCAUUAUUAUUAUAUACACAGAGGUCAAGGCUAAGAAACAACUUUCAGUUGGACCUGUAAGCGUCUGCAUAUUUACUGUCUUGUAGGCUGGGAAGUGUAUAUAUGACAUUCAGCUUCUUUUCAUAUGUUUUGUUGCCACAUACAUUUUUCACACACAGCUUCUCUCCUGGAGACUGAUUCACCUCUUUUUUUAAUGUUUGUAUUUUUUUUUUAAGCAGUGACUAUAAAAUGUAAUUCAAAACAGGUUUAAAUUUGUCAUUUAUAUUAAAGUAUUCAUAAUAUGAGAUGUUAGGUUCUUAUGGUGAUGACUAUGAAGAAUCGAUCUGAAAUGUGAUACCAUAUAGUUUUUUAGAAGUCCACUAACAAUUCAGAGGAACAUACUGGCUCCAUCAUCAGAGUAUGAAAGAAUGUACAAGAGGUAGGCCCUCUUGGCCCUUGCACCGUGACCUCAGUGGUCUA